AUGCACAGAUCAGAGCCAUUUCUGAAAAUGUCGCUGCUGAUUCUGCUUUUCCUGGGAUUGGCAGAAGCCUGUACUCCUCGUGAAGUUGCAACUAAAGAAAAAACCUCCCAAGUAGCUGGGAUUAUAGGUCUCGUGAGCAGACUGUCACUGGAUGGUCUCAGACACAACAUCACUUCCCUCAAGAUGCCUCCCCUGGUGUCCCCGCAAGAUAGGACAGAAGAAGAAAUAGCUGAGAUUACAGGCUUGCUGAGCCUCCAAGUACUGCAUGAAGAAACCAGUGGCUGCAAGGAGGAAGUAUUUCCUUCUAAUCGUUCAUACGGAGAAAAAUCUGAACCCACAGAGAUAAGUCACUGCAAAUGCCUAAUAGUUUGCCUUGUGAACUCUACAUGCCCUUCAGAAAAGUCUUCCUCCGUCCUCAAGAUUCACCUAAGCAAUGCUUUGGUUGAGGAACCAACAGCAAUCCUUCAGAUUCCACUGGGGAGGAUGCUGAAGGAAAUGAAUGGUGUUGAAUGGUUUCUCAGGCUCUCUUCAACCAUACAUUAA